CCCACAUAGUUCCAUAUCCUUCAAACUCUCUCCCACCUCGUCUUCUCCCUCUCUCACUCUCUCUCUCUCUCUCUCUCUCUAAAUGGGUGCUCUUGAUUCUCUCGCGGACUAUCUCUCAGAAUUGUUCACUGAAGCCAAAAGGUCCAAGAAACGCAAACCCAUGCAGACAGUUGAAAUUAAAGUGAAAAUGGACUGCGAUGGCUGUGAAAGGAGAGUUAGACAUGCUGUUUCCAGCAUCAAAGGUGCGAAAUCAGUGGAAGUGAACAGAAAACAAAGCAGAGUAACAGUUAGCGGAUACGUGGAGCCAAACAAGGUGUUAAAGAAAGUGAGGAGCACAGGGAAGAGAGCUGAGUUCUGGCCUUACGUGCCUUACAACUUGGUUGCAUAUCCAUAUGUUGCUCAAGCUUACGAUAAAAAGGCACCCUCUGGUUAUGUUAAGAAUGUUGUCCAAGCCCUACCAAAUCCCAAUGCACCAGAAGAGAAGCUCACUACUCUUUUUAGUGAUGAAAACCCUAAUGCAUGUUCAAUUAUGUAGAAGCUAUAGAUCUACCAUAUAAGAACCUUUUUUGUGGAUUAAUUCGGAAUUAUUAGAUUUAUUUGAGACAUUUUGUACUGUGAGUAAUUAGGCGUGUAUGUUAAUCACUCGGGUGAUACCCUAGUUGUGAAUUUUAAUAAGUUCAAAAUGUAUGAACUCAGUAGGUCUUCAUGAGUUCAAUUUUCAUUAGGAGCAACACCCUCUUGGCAUUACACUGGUUGUUGGCUUAACUGACCCUAUUAUCAGGCGGGAAGUUUCUUUA